GGGAGGCUACGCCCGCAAUGAUUGACUAACUGCACAAAUCAAUCAUGCGAUUUCCAACAUUCCAAGUAAACGACAUUGAUCUCUGCUGUCAAUUUUAUACCCUCAUGUAUCCAAAUUAACUUGUAAACGUCCGACUCGGCUAGCUCAACGUCGAGACGAGUCGCGCCGUGCUUUGGAUUUCAUCACGCGCACCUGGCCCGGCUUGCUUCGGCAGUUUGCCACACCACAAGACUGGGAGCAUUGUGGAUUGUUUUGCGACGAAAACGCUUGCACCUGCACUUAGGGGUUUAGUGUGUCAAAUUCGCUUGCAAUCCGACAGGCCAGGAACCAUAAUGGCCUUCCUGUGACGGCAUCAUGGCAUGGAUAUUAGGUAUUCCGAUGCCCGCUGCUGCCCGCGUCAGGAUGCUUGGCAAGGUGAGAGAGAAGGAGAGAGACCAGGCCGAAGCCGGGAUUAAUAGACUGUCCUCAAGCGCCCCUCUCCCACCACCACUGCUACUAAGCUUGCUCAUCUUGAACUUUACAUCUUUUUGUAUUCAACCACCAACUUGGAUAUAACUUUUUAUUUAGCUACUUCAUCAUUCUUCAUUACCUCGUGCGCACAGUUCGACUCAGGUUCAAACAUUCAUUGAAGGCUCCUCCAUUUCUACUCUUGCCUGUUUUCUUUACACGACUUGCCCUCUUUGCAACGUCGUCGGAUCCUACCCCCCCACACUGACACACAGCAUUCUACACCACACAUUUCACUCCAGUGGUGCGCGAAUAUUGUUACAGCCUAUCACCUCAAUAGCUUACGUCUUUUUCCACGAGGCCCUACACCGAUUACCACCAUCAUGGCACCCUCCGCGACCAACGGUGACGCCGCCGCUUCGUCGCGAUUCCAUGCCUCCUCGACCAAGUCCGCCAUCGCGGCGGAGAACGAGUAUGCUGCCCACAAUUACCACCCCAUUCCCGUUGUCUUUGCCCGCGCCCAAGGAGUCAACGUCUGGGAUCCAGAGGGCAAGCACUAUCUCGAUCUCCUCUCUGCCUACAGCGCUGUCAACCAAGGCCACUGUCACCCAGAGCUGAUCAAAGCCCUGACUGAACAGGCUGGUCGCCUCACACUGAGCUCGAGAGCCUUUUACAAUGAUGUGUUCCCCGUAUGGGCCGCCAAGGUUCGCGACCUCUUUGGCUAUGACAUGGUUCUGCCCAUGAACACCGGUGCCGAGGCCGUUGAGACCGCCAUCAAGAUCGCGAGGAAGUGGGCAUACAAAGUCAAGAAGGUCCCACAGGGCAAAGCCCAUGUAUUCAGCGUGGCUGAUAACUUCCAUGGUCGCACGAUGACCGCAAUUUCACUGUCCACCGAUCCGGAAUCGCGCGAUAAUUACGGCCCAUACGUUCCAAACAUCGGUGCCAUCUGUCCUACGACGGGCAGACAGAUCAGGUACAACAACAUCUCAGAUCUCGAGAUCGUCCUGGAGGCGCAUGGGCGCGAGACUGCUGCUUUCAUUGUAGAGCCCAUCCAGGGCGAGGCAGGUGUUGUUGUGCCGGAUGACGACUAUCUUGCCAAAGUACAUGCACUAUGCAAGAAACAUAAUGUGCUCUUUAUUUGUGACGAGAUCCAGACCGGCAUUGCCCGAACGGGCAAGAUGCUGUGUUGCAAUUGGGCCGGUAUCAAGCCCGAUAUCGUGACGCUUGGCAAGGCCAUCUCAGGCGGCAUGUACCCCGUCAGCUGCGUGCUUGCAGACAAGGACGUCAUGAUGGUUGUCGAACCAGGCACUCAUGGAUCCACCUACGGCGGUAACCCAUUGGGCUGUGCUGUAUCCAUCCGUGCGUUGGAGCUGGUUGAGGAGGGUAAGCUUGCGGACCAGGCCGACCGUCUUGGCAAGAUAUUCCGUGAAGGCGUUGAAGCAUUCAAGUCUCCGAUUGUCCAACAGGUCAGGGGCAAGGGGCUUCUGAAUGCUGUGGUCAUCGACGAGUCAGCAGCAGGGGGAAGGACCGCGUGGGAUCUUUGCAUGUUGCUGAAAUCGAAGGGUCUUUUGGCCAAACCAACGCAUGGGAAUAUAAUCCGAUUCGCGCCACCCCUCAUCAUCACGGAAGACGAACUGAAAAAGGCGCUUAGCAUCAUAGGGGAAGCGUUGACCGAGCUCCCGACUGCGGAGAAGGCUGAUGGUCACUAGUUACAAGUCUGUCUGGACGGAAUGAUUAUACAUACUGGAGGGGGGCUCUCGGGCUUCAAGACUUGAACAAGGUUAGAUACAUGACCUCGACUCAGAGAGCUAAACAAACAAAGCUCGGCGCGUUCGCAAGCUCGGCCAGCUUCAUUGCGCAGGGUUUUUGUUUUCUGUCUCUGUGUAUGCCACGAAAGUGGAGAAAACAAUGCGAGCUGGUUGGAUACUGCUAUACACACUGUUUUUGUCUCGUAGGAACGGGGUCGUUUGGGGAGUCCCUCGUCCUGACUAAGACGAAUUGGUUUGUUACUUCUUUUAUGAAUCUUGGAAUCUAUGAAUCAAUACCCCCUCAGCAUAGAUCAGUUGGAAAACAAAAGUGAGCCGACAAGAUAAAAC